UAACAACAGCUCACCAAACAGCUAUGACUACAGGUCAACCAUCAGUUGUGACAACAUCUCAACCACCAGCUGUAACAACAGGUCAACCAUCAGUUGUGACAACAGCUCGCCCACCAGCUGUAACAACAGGUCAACCAUCAAUUGUAACCACAGGCAAACCAUCAGUUGUAACAACAGGUCAACCAACAACUAUAACAACAGGUCAUCCAUCAGUUGUUACAACAGCUCAACCACCAGCUGUAACAACAGGUGUACCAUCAGUUGUAACCACAGGAAAACCAUCAGUUGUAACAACAGCUCAACCAACAACUAUAACAACAGGUCAACCAUCAGUUGUUACAACAGCUCAACCACCAGCUGUAACUACAGGUGUACCAUCAGUUGUAACGACAGGAAAACCAUCAGUUGUAACAACAGCUCAACCAACAGCUAUAACAAGUCAGCCAUCAGCUGUAACGACAGCUCACCAAACAGCUAUGACUACAGGUCAACCAUCAAUUGUGACAACAUCUCAACCACCAGCUGUAACAACAGGUCAAACAUCAGUUGUGACAACAGCUCGACCACCAACUGUAACAACAGGUCAACCAUCAAUUGUAACC